UGAUAAUGUAAAGUAUUCUCAUGAGUAUGAGAAUGAGAUAGUACUAAAAUAUUCUUUUCAUAAUAUUAAUAAUAUAAUAAUAUUGAGUUCUUUUACUUUUUUUAACGAAAAGUUGAACAAUAAAACUUGAGUUAGGUACUUUCAGUUUGAAUGUCUCAGCUUAAAGGAUGGAAGUAUGUUGCCUUCCUAUCAGCUUUUGUGGGCAGCAUAGGGAUAGCAACUUACCCAAUCAUUAUUUAUCCAAUGACCCAUGUUGAAGAUUAUAAAAAGUCACAAGAAGAAAACCGUGCACAAUUAGAUCAAUCUAGAAUAAGGCCUGAAGCUGCUGGAAAUAUGAACAAAUGGACUGAUCCUUUUGAACGGAAAAAUGAGUAACUCUAUAGUAGACCAGAGCAACAAUUUUUCUUAUUGAGAAUGUGUAAACAUGUGCAUUUAUUUACAGUUGAGACAGAUAAAAAUGAUCAUUUGUUGGUAAAUAGAGGUAUCACCAUAGAUAAUAUAAAUAAUAUAAUAUGGAUAUUGUAUAGUGUAAAUAGCAUACCUGCUGAUAUUUUAAACAAAUAAAAUUUUUAAAUUGGUCUUAUAUUUAUAUUGUAAAAAUGUAUGCAUGGAUAAUCUGAAAUUAAAGACUGCAGACAUCAUUAAAACCAA